AUGGUGCUGGAAGAGGUACCACAAAAAAUGUGUGAAGCGCUGCGGCUUUUCUUGCAAGGACUCGGUUACGCUGUGAGACUCGGCCGGCCACCGUUGACCGUAUCCAGAUCGGCUGAAGUGAUAUCGAAAUCCAUAAGACAGUCCACGUCCAACGACAGCGUUCGCAGCUCGCCGUGGCCUUUCAGAAUCACCGAAAACCCGCUGACGGCAUGA